UCGUUUCUCAAUAGUUAGAGGAAACCGCAGUGUUGAAGAGAGACGAGGAGGAGGUGGAUAAACACAGUUCACAGAAGCGACAACAACCGGAAGUGACACAAAACAUUACCGCGAGAUUUCAACAGAGCAAAAAAAAAAAGAGAGCAAUCAAGGGCUUCCUGUUCUAAACAAAGUGUGAGUGAGAAACAUCACUACUAAUACGUGUUCGGUAAUGAGCAGCGUUACGACGUCGACUAUACUCGGUAUAGACUCGGGUUUGUGCCGCAGGUUGGACCGGUUAUGACGUCACUCAGAUUAUAAUUUUUUCAUACUUGAAGUCAUUAGGAUGUGACUCGUCCUGGGAUCAAACUCAGACUCCAGGACUGAGGACGGACGACGAGCAGCUUCUUCUCCACACGAAGGAGGAAAGUGUCAUCGAGUGGAGCUCAGGGAGAAAAGAUGAAAACACAUAAAAAGGUCCUCUUAGGAAUUUUGGAGGAUUUGACAGACAAGGAGUUGAAGUCAUUCCAGUGGCACCUGCAGCCUGAGGUCUUGAACGACUUCCCCCCAAUCAAAAAGAGUCGACUGGAGAACGCAGACCGGAUGGAGACAGUGAAUCAGAUGAUGGAAACCUACAAUAUAAACACAUUUAAUGUGGCCUCAGUGGUUUUAAAGGAGAUGGGUAUGAAUAACCUUGUGGAGAGAUUAUCAAACACCACCACAGAACCUGCAGACACUCAGGACACUGUUUGUCAACAGAAACUUAAGUCCAACCUGAAGGAGAAGUUCCAGUUUGUGUUUGAGGGAAUCGCUAAAGCAGGAAACCAGACGCUCCUGAAUCAGAUCUACACAGAUCUCUACAUCACAGAGGGAGGGACUGGAGAGGUCAACGAUGAACAUGAGGUCAGACAGAUUGAAACAGCUUCCUGGAAACGAGACAGACCAGAAACAACCAUCAGACAAGAAGACCUCUUUAAAGCCUCACCUGGAAGAGACCAACCAAUCAGAAGAGUGAUGACAAAGGGAGUGGCUGGCAUCGGGAAAACAGUCUUAACACAGAAGUUCACUCUGGACUGGGCUGAAGACAAAACCAACCAGGAAGUCCAGCUCAUGUUCCCAUUCACUUUCAGAGAGCUGAAUGUGCUGAAAGAGAAAAGGUUCAGCUUGGUGGAACUCGUCCAUCUCUUCUUUCCUGAGACCAAAGAAGCAGGAAUCUGCAGGUUUGAAGAGUUCCAGGUCGUGUUCAUCUUUGACGGUCUGGACGAGUGUCGACCUCCUCUGGACUUCAACAGCACUGAGAUCCUGACUGAUGCUACAGCCUCCACCUCAGUGGACGUGCUGCUGACAAACCUCAUCAGGGGGAAACUGCUGCCGUCUGCUCGCCUCUGGAUAACCACACGACCUGCAGCAGCCAAUCAGAUCCCUCCUGAGUGUGUUGACAUGGUGACAGAGGUCAGAGGCUUCACUGACACACAGAAGAAGGACUACUUCAGGAAGAAGUUCAGAGAUGAUGAGGAGAAGGCCGACAGGAUCAUCUCCCACAUCAAGACUUCACGAAGCCUCCACAUCAUGUGCCACAUCCCAGUCUUCUGCUGGAUCACUGCUAUAGUUCUGGAGAACAUGUUGAAGACCAGAGAGGGAGGAGAGCUGCCCAAGACCCUGACUGAGAUGUACAUCCACUUCCUGGUGGUUCAGGCCAAACUGAAGAAGCUCAAGUACGAUGGAGGGUCUGAGACAGAUCCACACUGGAGUCCAGAGAGCAAGAAGAUGAUCGAGUCUCUGGGAAAACUGGCUUUUGAGCAGCUGCAGAAAGGAAACCUGAUCUUUUAUGAAUCAGACCUGACAGAGUGUGGUAUCGAUAUCAGAGCAGCCUCAGUUUACUCAGGAGUGUUCACAGAGAUCUUUAAAGAGGAGCAAGGCCUGUACCAGGACAAGGUUUUCUGCUUCGUCCACCUGAGUGUUCAGGAGUUUCUGGCUGCUCUUCAUGUCCAUCAGACCUUCAUUGAGUCUGGACUCAAUCUGAUGUCAAAAGAACCGUCAACAUCCUUGUUGUGUUCUAUCUUAAAAAAAAUAGCUUCGCUGACUCAUUUCCACCAGAGUGCUGUGGACGAGGCCUUACAGAGUCCAAAUGGACACCUGGACUUGUUCCUCCGCUUCCUCCUAGGUCUUUCCCUGCAGACCAAUCAGACUCUCCUCCGAGGCCUGUUGACACACACAGGAAGUAGCUCACAGACCAAUCAGGAAACAGUUCAGUACAUCAAGAAGAAGCUCAAUGAGGAUCUGUCUCCAGAGAGAAGCAUCAACCUGUUCCACUGUCUGAAUGAACUGAACGAUCGUUCUCUAGAGGAGGAGAUCCAACAGUUCCUGAGAUCAGGACAUCUGUCCACACAGAAACUGUCUCCUGCUCAAUGGUCAACUCUGGUCUUCAUCUUACUGUCAUCAGGAAAAGAUGUGGAUGUCUUUGACCUGAAGAAAUACUCUGCUUCAGAGGAGGCUCUUCUGAGGCUGCUGCCGGUGGUCAAAGCCUCCAACAGAGCUCUGCUGAGUGGUUGUAACCUGACAGAGAGAAGCUGUGAAGCUCUGUCCUCAGUCCUCAGCUCCCAGUCGUCCAGUCUGAGAGACCUGGACCUGAGUCACAACAACCUGCAGGAUUCAGGAGUGAAGCUGCUGUCUGCUGGACUGACGAGUCCAAACUGUCAACUGGAAACUCUGGUCAGAAAUCAACAGUUUGAAAUGCUUCCUUACUUCCUGGUGGGCGUCAAUGGAGACUCAGAUGACCUCCAGUGUUGUGGUUUUGUUGAUUUCAGUCUGUCAGGUUGUCUGGUCACAGAGGAAGGUUGUGCUUCUCUGGCCUCAGCUCUGAGCUCUAACCCCUCCCAUCUGAGAGAGCUGGACCUGAGCUACAAUCAUCUAGGAGUCUUAGGGGAGAAACUGUCUGCUGCACUGGAGGAUCCUCACUGGAGACUGGAGACUCUCAGGAUGGAUCAUGGUGGAGAGCAGUGGUUGAAAGCAGGUCUCAGGAAGUAUUCAUGUGAACUGGAACUGGACACAAACACAAUGAACAACAACCUCAAUCUGUUUGACAACAACAGGACGGUGACGUGCUUGAUAAAGCAAAGGUCGUAUCCUGAUCAUCCAGACAGAUUUGACUUCUGGUCUCAGCUGAUGUGUAGAGAUGAUGUGACUGGUCGUUGUUACUGGGAGGUCGAGUGGAGACGACGUGUUGAAAUAUCAGUGAGUUACAGAGGAAUCAGGAGGAAAGGAGGCAGUAGAGACUGUUGGUUUGGAAGAAAUGAUCAGUCCUGGAGUCUGAGCUGCUCUGAUCGUCAUGGUUACUCUGUCAUUCACAAUGACAUAGAAACAUCCAUCAGCUCGUCCUCCAUGUCUCAGAGAGUAGGAGUGUAUGUGGACUGUCCUGCUGGGACUCUGUCCUUCUACAGUGUCUCCUCCGACUCACUGAUCCACCUCCACACCUUCACAACCACAUUCACUCAACCUCUGUGUCCUGGGUUCAUGUUCUGGUACAUGUCUGGUUCCUCUGUGUCUCUGUGUUCUCUGUAGGAGGUGGAGUCUGGUUCCUCUGUGUUCUGUGUAGGAGGUGGAGUCUGAUUCCUCUGUGUUCUCUGUAGGAGGUGGAGUCUGGUUCCUCUGUGUUCUCUGUAGGAGGUGGAGUCUGGUUCCUCAGUGUCUCUUGUUGUGUUCACACUGUGUCGACUCUGACACUUACUUCUCUCACAUGAUUGGACCAGUGUCCAGCAGCUUCUGAUGUUGAUCCAUGUCGUUUAGUUCACUCAAAGGUUUCGGAGUCAAUGUUCAGGUCAAAUCUAUUGUAGUGUGAAAAAUACUUCUGUGUUUGAGAUGUUUAUCAGCCCCUGAGUAAAGACCUGUUAUGAUCCUCUAAUAACAUUCAUUAUAAUAAACUUAUGUAUGUGAUAUUGGGUCGAGGUGAUUCUUCAUAAAGAGUCCUGUCAGCAUCAAUCACAGAUACACAGCAGAUGAUCUUAUUUAACCAGGUUUUACACAUUGAGACCACAAACAGAAGAAACACGUCAUCAAUUCAAAAUCAUGUGUGUAAACCAUUUGUGUAUUUUCUUAUAAUCAAUAAUCUUAUAUUUUAAACAAACAUACAGUUUAACACAAAGAAACAACAGCUGACAUCAAGAAGUUUAUGAUUAAUUCAGUAAAACCACAAGAUUUAUGUGACAUGACUGUUUUGCUUUUACUGUUGUUGAUGUUUAAUAUUAAUAAAAGAUGAUGAUGUCUUCAAA